AUGACAGGUCACGUCCUGAGGGAACCGGCCGGCGGGGUUCACAUGGAUGACAACGCGGCCAUCCGCAUCAACGUGGGCGGCUUCAAGAAGCGUCUCCAGUCCGACACUCUCUCCCGGUUCCCCGAGACGAGGCUUGCGCGUCUACUCCGCUGUCAGUCCAAAGAGUCCAUCCUGGAACUGUGCGACGACUACGACGACACAGAGAAGGAGUUUUACUUCGACAGAAACCCCGCUCUCUUCCCCUACGUGUUGAAUUUCUACAACACAGGGCGGCUGCAUGUCAUGGCCGAGCUGUGCAUCUUCUCCUUCAGCCAGGAGAUCGAAUACUGGGGCAUCAACGAGUUCUUCAUCGACUCCUGCUGCAGCAGCGCCUACCACUGUAGGAAAAUGGACCAGGACCGGGAGGACUGGGAUGAGCGGAGCGACGAGGGCAGCACCACCUCAUCCUUUGACGAGCUGUUGGAGUUCUACAACGACGCCACCAAGUUCGACAAACAGCUGCUCGGGAGCGCACGGAGGCGCAUCUGGCUAAUGCUGGAUAACCCCGGCUACUCCGUGGCCAGCCGCAUCAUCAGCAUCCUCUCCAUCCUGGUGGUGCUUGGCUCCAUCGCUACUAUGUGCAUGAACAGCAUGAGCGAGUUCAGCCUGCUGGACAGCGAGGGGCAACCCAGAGAGGACCCCCGUUUCGAGACUGUGGAGCACAUUGGCAUCGGCUGGUUCACUCUGGAGCUGGUCGCCAGGUUCGUUGUGGCGCCAGAUCUCCUGCAUUUCUUCGAGCACCCGUUAAACGUUAUAGACCUGGUGUCCAUACUUCCGUUUUACCUGACGCUCCUUAUAAACCUGGUGGUGGAGAGCAGCCCGGCGCUGGCCAACCUGGGACGCGUUGCGCAAGUGCUGAGGCUGAUGAGGAUUUUCCGCAUCCUGAAACUGGCCCGUCACUCCACGGGGCUGCGCUCCCUGGGGGCCACCCUCAGGAACAGCUACAAAGAAGUGGGCCUGCUGCUUCUCUACCUGGCGGUCGGGGUAUCGUUUUUCUCCGUCAUGGCCUACACAGUGGAGAAAGAGGACAGCGAGGAUCUCUCCACCAUUCCGGCGUGCUGGUGGUGGGCCACCGUCAGCAUGACCACCGUCGGGUACGGAGACGUGGUUCCGGUGUCCAUAGCGGGCAAGCUGACCGCCUCGGCGUGUAUCCUGGCAGGGAUCUUAGUAGUUGUGCUUCCGAUUACUCUCAUUUUCAAUAAAUUCUCCCUCUUCUAUAAGAGACAAAAGCAGCUGGAGAUAGCGAUGAGAAGCUGUGAUUUCGACGAGGAGAUAAAAGAGGUGCCCUCGGUCAACCUGCGGAACUAUUACGCACACAAAGUCAAAUCCCUCAUGGCGAGCUUAUCAAACAUGAGUCGGAGUUCACCCAGUGAGCACAGUCUGAACGAAUCAAUACACUGAAGCAGUCUCAUGGAGGACACCCGGUCAGGUUGGGUGACGCUGCGUAUUCAGUGCGGCUGCAUGAGGAGCUGUCCAGGGUGCUGAGGCCUCUGGACUAAAAAGCUCACU